AUGGCGAAGUUGUUUGGUCCCGUCUCGCCAGUUGCCUAUAACAUGGUUGACACAAAGUACACCUUGAAGUCUACUAAUGUAAAGGCGCAUGAAGUUCCUACCAGCUUUGCUCUUCUCAAACAGAAGCCCGCUCCUGCUGUUGUACCUCUGCUCGCCGAUGGUGUACGCUUGGUCACAGUGGAAGAGUACAAGCAGGCAGCUGCCUGUCUGGCCGAUGCUUUUGCGGAAGAUGAUGUUGCUCGUUACUUCAUCGAUGUACCUGACCGUGAGCAUUGGACUGAUGAAGAGAAGUGGGCAUUGCAUGUAGAGAUCAUGGAGUACAUCACGUACGCUCACAUUCUCAAAGGAAUGGUGACGACCGUCGGAGACUUCGAGGCAGUCGCGCUCUGGAUGCCGCCUGGUCAGAACAUGGACGACUACCUUACCAUCUGCCGCAGCGGCCUUUGGCGCCUCAACUACCGCCUCUCGCCCGAGGGCAAGCGUCGCUUCUUCAACGAAUUCUUUCCUCUCCUCCACGACACGAUGCACGCGACUCUGGGCGAGCGCGAACUUGACACGUGGUACCUCGUCUAUCUGGGCACCCGCCCUGCUGGACGUGGCAAAGGCCACGCUCGCAAGCUCAUUGAGCAUGUCACGAAGAUGGCAGACCGAGCGGGCCAAGCUUGCUAUCUCGAGUCGAGCAAUGCGGCCAACCCAGCCAUCUACAGGAAGUUUGGGUUCGAGGAGCGUCGCACGGUUCAUCUGCAGCGGGCACAGCAGAACAUCUCGCUAGACAUUAUGGUGAGAGAGCCAGUGGCUCGUUAG